AUGUUCUUUGGCAAUACGAUCCUCAUUGUCGGAGCCAUCAUCACUGGGCUUUCCACGAACAGGAGCAUGUUUAUUGGUGGCCGAUUUCUUACUGGGAUGGGUUCGGCUUGUGCCAAUUCCGCGGCAAAGUCCUAUCUAGGCGAAAUCACUCCUCCCCAGACUAGAGGUCUCUUUCUAGGUUUCUUGAAUUCUUUCUACUAUGUCGGGCAAAUGACCGCCACGGGAAUGAUGGUUGCGACCGGCAAAUAUCGGAGUGAAUGGGCUUGGAGGCUUCCACUCUUUAUAGUUCCGGCUGCCUUGAACGUGAUUUUUGUUUUCCUCGUACCAGAAUCACCUCGGUGGCUGUACAGCCAAGACAAAAAGGAGCGGGCGAUCAAGAUUCUGGCAAGACUCCACUCGCGCACAGGAGAUGUAAAAUCACCCUUGGUACAGCUAGAAGUGGAAGAACUGGAAGAGAAGAUCCAACUCGACGGAAGCGACAAGCGAUGGUGGGAUUUCCGUCCUCUUUUCCGCUCCUCUGCGGAUCGGUACAGGUCAGGAAUGGUGAUCCUUAUGGGCACAUUUGGGCAAUUAUCUGGGAAUGGCUUAAUCACGUACUUCCUUCCGGUGUUACUCAAGAAUGCAGGUAUUACGAGCCAAAACAAACAACUUACACUCAACUUUGUGAAUUCCGUCACAUCUUAUGUCGGGGCGUUGACGGGUUCCGCCUGUAUUGAUAGAUUCGGUCGGAGAGCAUUGCUUUUGUCGGCCACGUCCUUGCUCGUUGUGAUCCUCGCCAUAGUCAGCGCACUGUUGAGUCAAAGUGGCAAUGUGGAGAGAUCCAAUGCCGGGAUAUCCUUUAUUUAUUUGUUCAUGGUAGUAUUCUCCUUUGGUUGGACGCCCAUGCAAGGAGUAUACUCAGCCGAAGUGUUGAGCUACGAGGCGAGAGCCAAAGGGCUUGCAUUCCUGAAUCUCGUGACACAAGCGGCGUCGUGCAUAAACACCUUCGCCCUGCCCGUAGCUUUGGAGCGAAUAGGCUGGAAAGUCUAUUUGGUCUUCCUUUUCUGGGACUUGUUCGAAGUCGCCAUAGUCUACUUCUUCGUGGUCGAAACGAAAGGCUUGACCCUUGAAGAGAUUGAUGAAGUCUUCGCACAGCCCAACCCACGGAGGUAUAGCGUGGAACAUGGUUUUAAGUUCAACGCAACCUCCCGCGAGUCGCAGGCCUGA